UAAAACCUCAACCGUCAAAUUCCCGCCGCCGUCGUGAAGUUCUACUCGCCGGCACAUAUAUCCUCCAUGGCUAGUACAGCAGGACAGUCCAACAGUUAUACCACAGCAGCUUUAGCCUUUACACUCGCCGUAGUAUCUGUAUCCGCCACCAUCUCGCUGUAUAGAUGGCGGAGACGAGGAGAAGAUCUAGCCCAUAGGAUUAAGAAACUUGAGAAGUCUUUAGGAACCGCCACUGAGAAAAGUGGUUCUGAGAGAAGAGGUCGUGUCAAGGCUCAACAGGCAUUAAGGGAGGCUUUAGCACAAUCUGAGCCACAUGACUUGCACAACACUAUAUACCCAAUGCGACCUAUUGGCACUGUACAAUCUUGCUUCUCCACAAGGAACGGGACACCGAGGCAGCCAUUGCUUGUUUCUCUUGCUAGAGCUUGUUUGAACUUUGAUCCAGCGUUGGUUCCUCCUGCAUCUCUUGAAGGUCUUGGAGAGUAUUCUCACUGCUGGAUACUUUACGUUUUUCAUCUCAACACUGAUAUUGAGAAGCUAUGGAGAAAGCCAUCUCAGUCUAAGCUCAAGGCAAAGGUGAGAGUGCCAAGGCUUAAUGGGGAACGAAAGGGAGUCUUUGCUACUCGGUCCCCUCAUCGACCUUGUCCCAUUGGUCUCACCGUUGCUAAGGUAGAGGAAAUCCAAAAGGAUAAGGUUCUGCUCUCUGGUGUUGAUCUGGUGGAUGGAACUCCUGUGCUUGACAUCAAGCCUUAUUUACCAUACUCAGACAGUAUUCAAGGAGCAUCAGUACCAGACUGGUUAAAGGAGGAGUGCUCAUUGGCUGUGGCUUCUGUGAGUUUUUCUGACGACUUCUCUUACUCCAUCACCAGCUGCUGGAAACUGAUUGAAAAGAAGUCUCUGUAUGGUUCAGCGGAAGAGUUCAAGAGCUUGAUCACGCAGGUCCUGUCAUGGGACAUACGAUCAAUGUCGCAACGGAACAAGCCACAAGACACAUCAGAUGCAGACAGCACCGUUUACCACUUGAUCCUGGAGGGACUAGACGUGUCUUACGUGAUAGAUAAUGAAAGUAGCAUUCUCGUCCAAGAUGUUUCUCUUUCAUAUAACUUGGAAGAUGUUGCAGAAACCUAAUCUUUGUAAACUUCGAUGAAAUACAAAAACAGUGCUUCCCCUUGGCAAGAGCAUUCACCAAGACAUAAACAGUUAAGCUUUAUAUGUUUUAUUUACAAAAUC